UUCUGCAAAACCAAAAACCCUGCUUCACUGUCCUCCAAAACCCCUCACCUCUCUCUCUGCUUUUUACCCAAAAUGCCCUUCCCUCAGGACCGCCUGGACCUCCCUCUCGACGCCCUCAUCGCCGAAUCCAAGCAACAACGCCGUCACAACAGCCACGCUCACCAGCCACGAGGGCAUAACGGUCAUUUCGGCGGCGGAGGCUCCACCUCAGGCCCCUCUCGUCGGCCGAUGAACCGCAACGCCUACAGAACGGCGCCGUAUCCCACUCUGCCGGAAAUGCAAGGACAGCCUAGACCCAGAAGGAUUGAGCUGCCAUUGGCUUUGAGCCAAGCGAUGAACAGUGAGGGAAGCACCAAGCUUUAUAUAUCUAACUUGGACUAUGAUGUUACCAAUCGAGAUAUAGAGUUGCUCUUCUCUGAGGUUGGUGAAUUGGAAAGGCACUCAAUCCAUUAUGAUAAAAGUGGAAGAUCUAAGGGAACAGCUGAAGUUGUCUAUAAGCACUAUUCAGAUGCUCUAGCAGCAAUCGAGAGAUACAACAAUCAGCAUCUUGAUGGAAAGAAAGUGGAAAUUAAGCUUGUGGGACUCAAUGUUGUUUCUCCUGUUCCUCUGCUUCUGCCUCCAAAUACAAAUUUCAUGCAAGAACAUCCAACUCCCGUCUUCCAGAGUCUGAAACUAUUGAAGGAACCUGCUAAAGAGAGGGAGAACAUUAUUCAUGGAAGUGAAAGAAAUGUGAUGACUGAUGAGUGUAUGUAUAAUGCUAGGAAGAGCUGGUUCAAGGGAUCGUUUCAUGGUCAUGGUGGUGUUGGACUUGAAAGAGGCUGUGGACAGGUGAGAAAUGGUGGUCCGAAGGUUACUACAGAAUCUCAGCAAUGGAAGAAUGUGACUGCAGAAAAUCAGCAAAGGAAGAAUGUGAUUACAGAAUCUGUUAAAAGGAAGAAAACAUUUUAUGGAGAUACAACUGUGACUUUUGAUGAUCUGGAUGCUGAUUUGGAAAAAUACCGCCUAAAAUGUAGGCCGGUAAACUGA